AUGGCGUCAGCGAUUUCAACCGCCCCUAGCGCUAUAAUCACAUUCAGCCACAGUCACACCGUCGCGGUGGUUUCCCCCGCGGAUUCCCGCCAUUCAUUCAUGAUAUCCGCGCACGGUGCUACAUCUGCGGGGCUACAGCCGUAUGCGUCGCAACUGGCCCGCGCGGGCUACUGCGAGAGACUUCCGAGCGGGCAAUUCACCUCGCGCCGGUCGCUCGCGGAGCGGAACGCAUUUCGCGGAACUGCAGCCCCGCGCGGAACAACCUCCCCUAGGAAGGCUACUUUGGUCUCCGCCAUCCGCGGCGGCGGCGGCGGAGGCAGCGGCGGAAGCGGAGGGGACGACGCGGCGGAAUGGUGGGAGCGCGAGGAGAGGCGCUGGGAGCGCGAGCAGCAGCGAUGGGAACGGGAAGAGCUGCGGUGGGAACGCGAGGAAGCGCGGUGGGCGCGUGAACGCGCAUCCCUCGAAUCGGAGAUCGCGGCGCUCGAAGCGGAAAUCGAAUCUCUCCGCGCAGCACUCACAAGCGCGGGGGUAGGGGGACUGGCGCAGAACUCCCCCCCUCUCCUCCCCCAGGCGCAGGCGCAGCUGGCGGAAGCGGUUGGCGGGGGAAUAGGCGGAGGAGUACGGGGAACCGGGGGAGUGGGGAGUGAUCUCUCGAAGCAGCAGCUACUCGUUCUGCUGCGGGGGCUGCUGCACCUGCUACAGAUAACUACGGAUAGCCACCGAGCCAGCGAGGUAGCCACGUCAGCAGCGAUUGCCACGUCAUCAGGAGUGAUUGCUGGCGCCGGUGCGGAGAGCCUGCUACAGCUGCUGGGGCCGAAGGAUUCAGCUACGGGCAGUGCUACAGCCGAAGCUACAUCUGGAGCUUCAGGUGGAGCUACAGCCGUUGAUGGAGUUAGAUCUACGGCCGGCGUUGCAGGAGGAGCAACUGCAGAGGAAAUCUUGAGGAACAUUCCUGAUGCUGACAUCAUCGCGGCUGUAGCGUCGCGUACAGUGAACCCGCUUCCUGCUGACGUGGACGAGGGCGGCGCUGACGUGGCAGGGGGCGCAGGGAAGCAGGAGGAAGGCGCGAGGAAGGUUCAGCGGAAGCUGAAUCGGGGGCUGUAUGGAGAUGACGUGGCUCGAUUGCAGGCUGCGUUGGCCAUUCAGGGGUUCUACUGUGGCGAGGAGGACGUGGAGGAUGCGUUUUUUGGCUCCAACACGGAGAGUGCUGUGAAGACGUGGCAGGCAACCAUGCGGCUUCAGGAAGACGAGUGUGAGGGCACGGGGGACCUUAACAUCGAGGAACAGUUUCUUGAUUGGGUGGAGGAAGGCGCUUGCUGCCUCUAUUGUAAUGGCACUGGGGCCAUUACAUGUGAUUUCCCAUCUGCAAUGCUCCGAAAAAUGGCGGUGGAGUCGUCUGGUUACGCUUACCCCAUCCUCAAAAUCGCCUUCAUAUUUGUCACACUGGCCCUGCUGUGCAUAUUCGGCACGCGUGAGUACUACGAGGUGCAAGAGGAGAUUAAAGAGUUCUACGACGAGAUCGAAAAGGCGCCGUGUAACAACACAGCAAUCCUGUACAUCUCCCGAUCAAAAUAUUUCUUCUGCCCGAUAGCCCCCUCGGCUUCCGCGGAGGCAGCUGCAAAAAGGACGGAAGCGGGACUUGCGGCGGCAAGAGCGACAAACCAGCCUCCGAAAAGCAGCGACACCGCAGCUUUCGACGAGGAGAUUGACGAGCCCGAGCCGCCACGCGACGGGUGCGACGAAGCGUGGGAGUGGUUCACCGACACCAGCGGCGGCGGCGACGGCGGCGGAAACAGCGGCGGGGAUGACGGCGGAAGUAACGGUGGCGAUUCUACGUCGGCUCCGCGCGGAAGAAGGCUCCUCCAAACCCGGCGACGCGCGAAAAGGUCGCCAGUGGAUUACGAGGCAAAUGACCCCAGCGGCGUUGACUUUGACGACCAGAAUCCGUCCACGUACCCGCCCACGUGGACGCGCGCUUCGGGAAUUCCGCGGCGCGAGCGUGGAAAGAACUGCAAGGCGGAAUGGGUUACUUACUCCACCUUUUCCGCCGUGGGACUGAAUCGCCUCGCUGACGUCACAAGCAUGAUUAACCUGCCGCUGGCAGUUGUCGGCUUGCAUCAACCGUGGAACGGAUUCCGUCCCCGUCUGGUAGCCGUGCUCGAGUACGUCCAAAGCUUGCCGCCCGACCGCAUCGUCAUCGCGACAGACGCUCUGGAUGUAACGCCCGUGCCGUCCUGUUCGGCCGACCGUAUCAUCUCGGCGUUUUUGAGUUUCAACGCGCCGAUCGUUUUCGGGGCAGAGCCGUACUGUUUCCCGGAUAGACUUGAGGAUAAAUACCCGCCACUUCCGCCUGAAGCAGCGGCGAUAAACACGCAGUUUAAGUACCUCAACGCGGGGACAUAUGUGGGAUACGCGUGGGCAGUUACUGUUGCGCUUAAAGCCGCUUUAGCGAACCCCGUUAGUUGGUUUGACGAUCAGCGGGAGUACACUCGGUUGUUCUUAAACCAAACGCAACUGUUGCCGUUCAUAUCCAAAUGGGAAUACGAGCAGCAGAGGAUUUUGCGGCGGCGGCUGCGGCGCGAAUGGAGGUUCGAAGAUAAGAUCUGGAAGUGGCGGCGCGUGGUGAAGACCAUGGAGGCGCGACUCGCGGCGCGACCCGUGAUUGUUCUCGACCACAUGAACGGCCUGGUUCAGAACCUGUUAGGAACCAACGAUGAGGAUUACGAGGUCGUUGACUUGAGGGAAAUCCAACGGCAGCAGCAGCAGGAAGGGGAGGAGAGGAACGGCCUUGCCAGUACCAGCGGUAGCGGCAGCAGGCGAGCGCAACCUUUCCCCCCGCUUCUCCCCCUCUCGCCCCUCCCCCAAUGGCCGUCCGCGCUGCACCUGGGCUUGCGCAACAGACACACGGGGGGGUUACCGUGCCUUCUGCACGAGCAAGGGGAGAAAUUCAACAACACGCUGCCCGUGCUACAGCUGCUUGUGCGGCUACAGAUUGACGAGGCGCGGGCAGGCAAGGGGUACAUUCCGUGGUGGCGAGUGGGGUGGCUGCAUAGAGUGGGCAAAUAUAAGACUUAA